GUGGCAAGAAACAAUUCCAUUCAACUUAAGAUUAAUUAUUCUCCUCAACGAUUACAUGCAUAUGGCUCCUACCAAAGUUGCUUCAUCUCAAGUUCUUAUUGUUGUAAGCUCUGUUGUAGUUCUUCUUUUGUCCCGUGUGAGCUCAUUUGAUGGAAAUGGACCAAAAGGACUUAAGAUUUGUGGGUUUGAUGCCAUAUAUAAUUUUGGGGAUUCAUACUCAGACACAGGAAAUGCUAUUCAUAUAGACCCUACUGCUUCACAAUCCCAUCCCCCUUAUGGCACAACCAUCAACAAGAUAACCGGGAGAUGUUCUGAUGGGUUGCUACCAAUCGACUACAUUGCAAACUCGGCUGGUUUUCCAUCUAUCAAAACCUACUUGAAUUCGCAUGAAACGGACUCCCGCAACGGAGUGAAUUUUGCAGUUUCUGGUGCUACUGCAUUACCAUUGAAUGUUGUUCUAUCGAAAUUGAAUAUCUCGGCUGGAUUCAUUAACAAUUCUCUCACCGAACAACUUCAAUGGUUCAACGAACAUUUAAAAGGAUUUUGUCAAACAGAUUGCAAGGAAAAACUCAGGUCAUCUCUUUUUAUAAUCGGAAUCGGGAGUAACGAGUACAACCUAGGAUUCUUCCAUUUUAAGAAAGCUGAGGAGAUGAAGAAGAUAGGGUUGGUGUCUGCAGUUGUAGAAGCCAUUCAGAAAGCCGUAGAACAAGUCAUCGGUUAUGGUGCUACUCGAGUCUUGGUCCCUGGAACCUACCCAACGGGUUGUGCACCAGGCUUUCUUGGAAUGUUCAGGAAAUUGAAUUACACGAAAGACACACAUGGUUGUUUAGCGGAUGUUAAUGAUUUAUACAAGUAUCACAAUGAUCAGCUCCAAGCAGGAUUGGAAAUUUUGAGAAAGAAAUACCCUGGUGUAUCUAUAAUAUAUGGAGAUUAUUAUAACGCAGUGCAAUCUAUUAUGGACAAUCUCCAAAAAUAUGGGUAUGAAACAAUAACUGGACUUUGCUGCGGGCAAGGUAGAGUACUAUGUGGACAGCCGGGAUCCGCCCACAACAUACCUAUUGAUGCCCUACCGCAAUCAAGAAUCGCUCUUUGCAUUGUUUCCAAUUUCCUUCUGAAAAUCUCUCUGGUUUCUUCUCAUCUUCAAGAAAUGGGAAGAUCCAAGAAGGCCCAGAAACCCCAAAAUCAAGUUUUCACUCCGAGAAGAUCUGCAAGGUUAGCAGACAAAUUCAAUAAAUUACCAGAAGAGUUAAUCCUCACAAUCUUGUCAAAAAUCCAAGACCCUAAAACCCUCAUUUGUUGUUCCUCUGUUUCGAAGAAUCUGAAUUCUCUCAUCUCCAGAAUUGACAGUCUCUCCCUCAGAUUAUCAUAUCCAGAUGAGGAUCAUGCUUCUCUUCCAUGCUUACAAUCACACCACCACAUCCCACAAGCAGCCAUUCCUGGGAUCAUAAAGGUGUUUCCAAAUAUCAAGUUUCUGGAACUUAGGCUCUGUCCUUGCCCUUCUCCGUCUUCACAAGACGGAGAGAUGUCCAGGUUGAAGUUCUUCCGUCAUAAUGAUGAUGAUGAUAUGCACUGUGAAUUAACAGUCGCUUUCGAAGUUGGGUUCUUGUCAGGUACAAGCACAAACGGAGGAUUGCCUCUGAAAUUGAGGCCCCAGAUUGUGGAUACUGCCGUUGUUGAAACAAAUCUUUCCUGUGUUAAUACUAUAUUACCUCAUUGCCCGAAGACGCUGAGGAACUUGGUGAUUUCAAGUGCGAAGAUGCAGGGGCCCGGAUCGAGAGGGGAGGUAUUUGUGAGACAAGAAGUGAUGGGCAAGUUGGCUGAUGUGAUUUCCAGUUUGCGGACUUAUGAGGGUUGGCUUACAUGGCUUAACGACCCGAGGAAUGUGGCUUAUUGGCUUAAGGAUCCACUUACUGAUGAGCAGCGUUGUCUAAGAGAAAUUGUGUGGGCUGUUCGUCGUGUAGAAUUGCCAUGGCCAUGGGAGAAGCGCAAUGAGCUUAUUGUGGUGGAAGGUGAUGUGAAGGAGUUACUGAGCGUUUAUGAUUAUAAUGAUGAGCAACAAUGA